GGUGCAUUCAAGGGCCAGGGACAUGGAGAAUUCAAUGAUAUUGGCUCGAUCAUUAUGUUCGCAGACUGUACUGUUCCAGCUGUACAUAAGGAUCUUGGUGUGCUGAAAUAUAGCUCUACCCUUUCUGGCCUUAUUGAUUCUAACAGUGAAAUAGUUCGAGGCAGCAAGGAGGAGAUUGAACAACGGGCUUGCACUAUAUAUGCUGUGGAGAAAAAGAGGGAGCUGAUAAAAAUUAAAUCAGGAAAACAGGUGUUGAAUGUGGAGUUAGAUCUUUGGCUCUGGUCUGCUGGUGUACAAUGGUACAUCUGAUUUUCUCACUAGCCGAGGUCCACGGCACCUCAGUCUUAGGACGAAUAUCUGCUGCACACAAAUUCUCUACAGUUAAAACAUAAGAUGAUUCCUUUUCUCGUUGAGAGUUUGCUGACUUUAACACUCUGUUUGAAUCGAGAAAGUUGAAGAGGAAAGAGACGAGAGUGAGGGAGAGAGAGCAUCUUCUUUUGUUUAGAUAAAUAAUUUUAAUAAAG